UAACGGUUAUGAGCUUUCUUUCUUAAAUUCAUAGUAAUUUGUACAGAGCCUGGUGUGAGUUAACUUAAAGCUUCAAUGUCGUUUUACUGACUGUAAUGAAUGUGAAAGUGUGUGUUGAGUUAGCUCUCUGUUAGCACAGUUAAGCCGUGUCACCCUGAUGCAACCGGGCUAGUUUAGCUGGUGCUAAAUUAGCUAACACGUAAAUGUGUCCGUGCUAAAUAAAAACGCCUGGUUGUAGCAUGCAUUAGAGAUGUUUGUUUGUUUAAAUAAUACCGGUGGAGCUAACGAGGAGGGGGAAGUUUAGAGUCAGAGGGACCCGGAAGUGGAGUACACCAAAGCAGGACACUGCAAACACGUGUCUUGUUUUGGGUCACUUUGGAGCAAGUCUGACCGUGGCGUGCAGACGGUCGCUCCGAGAUAUGGCUAACUCUCACUCUUCUAUCGAUACUAUCGAUCUGGAGUUGAUUUAAAUGUGUCGAGUCAGUGUUAGCUUUUAGUGUUUCACUUUCACUGUUUUUCGGCGUGUGUUGUAGGACUAUAAACAACGAGAUGGAUCCUGGACAGGAUUUACUUCUCGCUGCCCUGAGUGAGAGUGGCAUUUGUCCAAAUGAUUUUGGCCUAUUUGAUGUUGAUUCUCAGGAUGUUGCACAGCCCUCUACAACCCAGCAAUCUAUCUCCAUCAGUGCCCUGGAUGUUGGUGUGGGGACAGAGUCAGUGGACGUUGUUCGAACUGAGCCUCCAGCUCCAGUCCCGAUAGUUACUUUCAGGCACAAACCUCAGCCAUCAACCACCACGUUUGUCUUAAAUCAGCUGAAUCAGUUGCCGUCACUAGGAGCUGCUGUGACCAAACAAUCAGUUACAAACCCUAUCAAACACACCAUAACCGUCACCAAAGUGGUCCACGUCGCUAAUUCAGCCCUGCGAGGAUGUUCGACCCCCUCCUCCACAAGUAUUCCUCCUUCAGCGUCCACAGUAGUGCCUUCUAACAGAGAUCAGGUACGCUUGUGGAAUUCAUGGCAGAUUCAGUUGAAAGACCUCCUUCGGACCGGCAAUGUGAAGCGCUCCGGUCUAAAGGGCAACAGUCUGAUGGAGCUCAUGAGGCUAAAGCCUCCACCUAACAUCGCUCCACCAGUCGCAACGGCAACAGCCACAGGUGAAAUGAACAAUGGGAUCAAGAAGGAAGUAUCGGCUAAAGAUGCUGCCAGGAUCUGGAUUCAUGACGACAUUAAAGUGCAAGCCUUCUCGCAUUCUCUGAAAAUCCCAGGGAUGAAGGAGGAGGAUGAGCCUGAGGAGGAAGAGGAAGACGAGUUGGGUCAUGCAGAGACUUAUGCAGAGUACAUGCCAAUGAAAUUGAAGAUCGGCCAGCGGCAUCCUGAUCCUGUGGUGGAGACCAGCUCCCUGUCCAGCGUCAACCCUCCAGAUGUUUGGUACCGACUGUCCAUCUCAGAGGAAGUCAUUGAUCGAGGCUGCCUGUCUGCUCUGCAGCUGGAGGCGAUAACAUACGCAGCUCAGCAACAUGAGACAUUCCUCCCCAACGGUGACCGAGCUGCCUAUCUGAUUGGAGAUGGAGCCGGUGUGGGGAAAGGCCGGACCAUCGCGGGGAUCAUCUAUGAGAAUUACCUUUUAGGCAGGAAGAGAUCACUUUGGUUUAGUGUCUCAAACGACUUGAAGUAUGACGCUGAACGGGAUUUAAGGGACAUAGGGGCCAAAAACAUCCAGGUUCAUUCCCUCAACAAGUUCAAAUAUGGGAAAAUCUCCUCAAAACACAACGGGAGCGUGAAGAAAGGUGUGAUAUUCGCCACCUACUCUUCGUUGAUAGGAGAGAGCCAAUCAGGAGGGAAGUACAAGACCAGAUUUCAGCAGCUUCUCCACUGGUGUGGGGAGGACUUUGACGGAGUUAUUGUGUAUGACGAGUGUCACAAAGCCAAAAACGUUUGUCCAAUUGGAUCGUCCAAACCUACAAAAACUGGGCUCGCAGUGUUGGAACUGCAGAACAAACUCCCCAAGGCUCGGGUUGUGUAUGCAAGUGCUACAGGUGCCUCUGAACCGCGAAAUAUGGCCUAUAUGAAUCGUCUGGGCAUCUGGGGACAUAAAACACCUUUCAGAGAAUUUGGCAACUUUAUCCAGGCUGUUGAGCGCAGAGGUGUUGGCGCCAUGGAGAUAGUCGCCAUGGACAUGAAACUGAGGGGGAUGUACAUUGCACGGCAGUUGAGUUUUACAGGUGUCACUUUUAAGAUUGAGGAGGUUCCCCUGACUCAGCAAUACAUCCACAUGUACAACAAAUCUGUGAGGCUGUGGGUGAGCGCACGUGAGAAGUUCCAGCAGGCAGCGAACCUGAUGGACGCGGAGCAGCGCAUGAAGAAGUCCAUGUGGGGCCAGUUCUGGUCGGCUCAUCAGAGGUUUUUCAAGUACCUCUGCAUUGCCUCCAAAGUCCGCCGAGUGGUUCAGCUGGCCAGAGAGGAGGUCCAAAACGGAAAGUGUGUGGUGAUCGGUCUUCAGUCCACUGGAGAAGCGAGAACACUCGAGGCCUUGGAGGAAGGAGGAGGAGAGCUCAACGACUUUGUGUCAACUGCAAAAGGUGUGCUGCAGUCCCUGAUUGAGAAGCACUUUCCAGCUCCUGACAGACAGAAGCUUUACAGCCUGCUGGGUAUCGACCUCUCGGUUAAGAAGACGCCCUCUCCCAGUGAAACUGCAGCACCACCAGAAAAGAAGGGCAAGAAAAGGAAAGGUUCAGAUGUCAAAAAGAAUCAGAAAAAGAAGCCUCGGAAGCACGGCGGUCUGUCGGGUACCAGCUCGGAGGAGAGCCAGUCGGAGGAGUCGGACAGAGAGUCGGACAGAGAGUCGGGUAAAGACAGCGACGACAGCUUCAAGUCGGUCAGCUCAGGGGACGAAGACGACGAUUUCAACCCGUUCAGAGACGAGUCUGAUGACGACGGGGAAGAUGAUCCAUGGCUCAUCAGAAAGGAACCAAAGAAAGGGAAAGAGAAGAAGAAGAAAAAGAGAAGAGGGAGUAUUGAUCCAGACUCCAUUCAAAGUGCCUUGUUAGCCUCUGGGCUGGGCUCCACCAGGCCUGCUUUCACUGCCCCCGUCAUCCCCCCCAGUGCCCCUGCCAUAGUCAAGGCAGAGAGUCAGGACAGCGUCCUAACAAGUCAGGACGCAGUGGAACAUGCACAGAAAAUGAAGAGAGAUCUGCUGGACAAACUUGAGGAUCUAGCUGAGAAUCUACCUCCCAACACUCUGGACGAGCUCAUAGAUGAGCUGGGAGGACCCGAGAAUGUAGCUGAGAUGACCGGCCGCAAAGGUCGAGUGGUCAGCAACGACGACGGCAGCAUCACGUACGAAUCUCGCUCUGAGCUGGACGUCCCGGUGGAAAUCCUCAAUCUCACAGAGAAGCAGAGGUUCAUGGAUGGAGAGAAGAACAUAGCCAUCAUCUCGGAAGCUGCCAGCUCAGGUAUUUCCCUGCAGGCCGAUCGUCGAGUGAAGAAUCAGCGGCGGAGAGUCCACAUGACGCUGGAGCUGCCGUGGAGCGCCGACAGAGCGAUACAGCAGUUCGGGAGAACUCACCGGUCGAACCAGGUCACAGCUCCAGAAUACGUCUUCCUCAUAUCGGAGCUGGCAGGAGAGCAGAGAUUUGCAUCCAUCGUUGCCAAAAGACUAGAAAGCCUGGGCGCUCUCACCCACGGAGACAGAAGAGCAACAGAAACUCGAGAUCUCAGCAGGUUUAACUUCGACAACAAAUACGGCAGAAGCGCUCUGGAGAUCGUGAUGAAGUCGAUCGUAAAGCUCGACUCUCCGUUAGUUCCUCCACCAUCUCACUUUAAAGGAGAUUUCUUCAAAGAAAUUCAAAAUGGAUUAAUAGGUGUGGGCCUCAUAAAUUUGGAGGACAGAUCUGGCACAAUGGUGCUGGACAAAGACUACAACAACAUGGGGAAGUUCCUGAACCGUAUUUUGGGCAUGGAGGUCGCGCAGCAGAACGCCUUGUUCCAGUACUUCUCUGACACGUUGGCUGCAGUUAUUCAGGAAGCCAAGAAGAACGGCAGAUACGACAUGGGCAUUCUGGAUCUGGGCUCUGGUGAUGAGAAGGUGAAGAAGCUGGACUGCAGGAAGUUCCUCACGCCGGGCUACACCACGUCAGGACACGUGGAACUCUAUACCGUGGGUGUGGAGAGGGGGAUGUCGUGGGAGGAAGCCACGCAUGCUUGGGCCGAUCAGAGCGGAGCAGAUGAUGGUUUCUAUGUUCAGACGAGGAACAACAAGAAAACAGCCAUACUGGUGAAAGAGGUGAACGCCAAGAAGAGACUCUUCCUGGUUUACAGGCCGAACACGGGCAGGCAGGUCAAACUGGAGACGUACACAGACAUCAAGAAGAAGUUUAAAAAGGUUUUGUCAGAAGACGCCAAGCAGCACUGGAUGGACCAGUACAAGUCGUCAGCACAGAUCUGCUCUCAUGCAUAUUGGCGAGGUAACUGUAAGAAAGCGUCGGUGGGUCUUCAGUGUGAAGUCGGUCUGCGGUGUCGGACGUACCACGUUCUGUGUGGCUCGGUUCUCAGUGUGUGGAACGAGCUGGAGGAAGUGCUCACCCCGGUCAGUGGAACCAAUGUGAAGGUGCAGAUCGUCCGCCUUAGAACGGAAGACGGACAGAGGAUAGUCGGACUGAUCAUUCCAGCGAACUGCGUGUCUCCAUUAAGUAACAAGCUCUCGACGUCGGACCAGUGUCAGCAGCUCGCCGUGCAGGAGCUGCAGAAGCGGCAGCAGCUCCACCCCCAAAGUCUCCUUCAUGCACCCAACACAUAGUAGUCUGGGGUUGGACCACGUUAAAGCCCGUCUCCACCCCUCGAGUCCACGUUCCGGUCUAAAGGGAUCUGAGUCUCUAUCUCUGCACUGCAGGCUCCAGGACCGCUGUCCCUCGUUCUGCACCCUCACGCGCCCCCACCCCUCCAUUAUCUCCGAGGGUCAGAGGUGUCACACCGAGCUGUGAUGAUGAUUCUCAGAUGUAAAGUGGUUGUACAGAGAAAAGAUUUCAGGGUUUUUCGUUUUGUUAUUUUUAAAUCUCCAGAGACUCUUGUUUUCACCUAGAGAGAUUUUGAUGGGUGAUGUUUUGUCCUCUGACAUUCAGAGUGAAAAGAUUUGUGAUAUAUUGAUAGAGACCGAGUUGAAUCCUCGAGGGCACGUUGGCCUGAGUUGUCCACUCCUCACCCUCGCUUUAAGACGUUCAGUCCAGACUACCUGGUAUGAAGCAAAGACUUCUUCUUGGUUCAGACCAAAGGUGGAUGAGACAAAGACCUUUAUGUCUCUGAAAGUCUGAUUUAAAAAGAAUGGGCAUUUAAUGCUAAACUACUGUCAGUUUAUCGCUCCUCAGACACGAUCCAGCACUGAUCCAGAGAGAGAACUAGUUGUUUAAAGUAGGAAAAGUGAUGCAGAACAUUAGUCCGGAGACAGGAUUUUCCGAGUAUCGGUAGCCGUAUUCGCUCAUUAGACGACUAAACAAAAUGUCGUUAUUGUCAGAAUCCACUUGCAUCGUAAUCACAGAUCAGUUUGUUUUGCUCAUAAGUCUCAAAUUUCCUUGUUUUGUUUUAUUUCAAUAAUUGUGUUCCUCUUUCUCCAUAUUGUACCAUUAAAGGAUAGGUUCAUAAUCAUUCAAGUCUGUCUUACAACAACAGUCGGGUGCGAACAUUUCAAACAGGUUUUCCUCCUGUUCAUACUGGACAUUAAGAGAUCCCGUCCUAAUACGCUCGCUGCUCGCACAUCGGCCCUCAAGCAUCAUGUGUGAACUGCUCAAAGACGCUCAUCGAGGCCUCACAGACACAUUCCAGAUAUCUAGCAUGCUAAAUAUCUGGACCUGUCGGGGACUCCGGCCACGAGCUACAGCCAAUGAGAGCGCAAGACCCGGGUUGAGGGGAAACAUUUGCAACACUGAGCAAAGUUGUUGUUGCACCUAGAGGAAUAAAUAGGAAAAAAGAGUGUGGAAACAGACGAUUUUGUGAGCACAUGUACCAACAACAACAUCAGCGAUGUGUCUCGCAUACACGUUAUUUAUGGUGUGUAUUCAUGACAAAACGUAGGUUGGAGACCUCAUCGGGGAUUCCUCCUGGUGAAAGAUAUUGUAGUGUGUGACCUCCUGUCUCCGAUCAGUCAUGUGUCACUUUGAAAGUCUUAGCUUUAAAUGUAAGUGAUGGGGAACUAUAUCCAGAGUGCUCUUUUUGUUGUGUUCUAACGUUUAUCUGAAGUUAUAAUGAGGCUUCAGCAGUCUGACUUCAAGUGUAGGUAUCUUACAAUAGUUAUUUUUUAGUACGAAAUCCGCUCAUUGUUUCCGUGUUUAGCUUUAGUUUCUGUAUAACCCUGACUGCCGAAGCCUCAUAUUAACUACAGAUACACUUUUGAACAUGUUUGCACAUAAAGGACUGUGCAUUUUCUCCCCCAUCACUUCUAUUGAAAGCACUUUAGGAAGCUUUUAAUAGCUAGUAUGAACAAGAGGAAUCAUAACCUGACUGUUGUUUUAAGACUGACUUGAAAAAUAGUGAACUUUUCCUUUAACAGCCAGUUUGUCAAAUGUGCCUUUGUAUCUGUACAAAAAGCUUCUGCAGACAAAACACUAACAGGAGAAAUAUUUGGUUAUUUCAGCUGGUCUGGUGGUUUUUAUUUAUAGUGCAUGAAGGUAAGAAAAUGUUUCCCAAAGAUAAUAUUGAAACAGCAAAAAAUGUGAGGAAUGAGUAAAGUUUGUUAUCAGCAAACCAGAUGUUCUUUUCUUCAAAUAAGUUCUAUCAACACAAAUGAACUCUGACUUAGCAGAAAGUUUUCAAAUGGUUUAUAACACACUAUAAUAACAAAGUUAUAAGCAGAUAUUUCUCCUAUGUAGACAUGUUUUAUUACUAUAUUAUCAUUAAUUGUCUGUUUAGACAGCAGCAUCCAGUAAUGGGAGCCUACAGGAGGAGUUAUAGUUGCUGAUAAACACAUUAAUAAACACACAUAGGGCUACAACUACCCAUUCAUUUCAUUAAUUAAUCUGCUGAUCAUUUUUUCAAUUAAUUGAUUGUUUUGUCUAUAAAACAACUUCACAGAGCCAAACAUGUCUUCAAAUGUCUUGUUUUAUUCAACCAAAAGUCCAAAUACCCCAAACAUAUAUAUGACAAAGAAAAGCAGGGAAUCUUCUCAUGUUAGAGGCUGUAAUCUAUCAGAGAAUAUUGGAUUUGUUUCACUAUUUCUGCUUAAAAUAUGACCAAAAUGAGUAAUUGACUAUCAAAAUAGUUGUCCGUUAUUUUUUUGUUGAUUGUUUACAGCUCCAUAUCUGCUUACAACUACAUUAUAAUGUGUUACAAAUUAUUUAUUAUACGUUUAUGUGCUGCUUAUACAUGUUAAAUAGGGUGAAUUUCUGUUUUCGUUGAGCCGUAGUGCUCCCUUAUCCCCUUCUUUUUUUUUGUUUUUCUAGUUUGUGUUACGGGUUGAAACCACCUUUGGUCUUUACCUGGACUUGUGUCUCAUUAGAAACAUGUCUGGUGUGAUCUCAGUGAUGCCUGGCUGGACAGGAAACACAUUAACAGAAACAUAAUAUUCAGUAAAGCUGCCAAGGAAAUGUGAGAAAUGUGAAAUCCUAAAAUCACUUUUUGAUUUUCAAAAAGAGCGGCACUGUGCUCUGCUCACAUACUUUUAUUUUGUUGACUGUUUUUUUUUUUUAAUGGACUUCUGCUCAGGGGUUAAACUCACACAAAGACCCUCUUUGAAAAACAAAACAAAGAAAAUGUUUUACAAAGUAUCUGAAAUGCAUGACUCAAAAUGCUCCUCGGACACCUCUACUCAGUAAUGUUGCUCUGUGGUUAGCUGUGUUUACGGCUCGUAUCUUUCAAAACACGUCUCUCUAAUGUUGUGUUCACACCAAGAGCGAAGCGCAUCUUCACCUCGCUUUACGAGUCGGACCGCCGGUAUCAUUUGUCUUCAUAGAUACCAACAACCUUUUUUUUCAUCUGUCAACCAUGGAAGAAUUAACCACUGUUGCUGCUUUCUACAUGUGGAAGUCACAGAUAUGUCAGAAAACCAAACGCCGAUGUGUCUGGAUUCAUAACAUCACCCGGCGGCGAGCUGUUUCGCAUACAGUGGUAUUGCACUGACUGUAGCUAGCAAACUACGUGUCGCUAUUGCGGUAUGAACCCAAAAUAAACAGAUGUGAUUUAAUUGGAAUAAACGGAUCAAAAGGAUGCCGAUAUAACAACAUAAUGAUGCUGAUUUGUAAAAAGUCUGAAUUCAUGCUUUGUCAGGUCUGUCCGCAAGAUGACACUCAAACAACUCUUGAAUUGCUUGUUUUUUGAAUGGAGUUUGGAUCAAUCACUGCCAGGCUAUGCAGCUGCGCCAUCAUCACUCAAGAUAAAGUCAUCUAGGCAUAAAUACAGCAGCAACGUUGUUUCUACCAUAGACCAUCUGGUUCUUACACAGUUUGGUCUGCUCUCUGUACAGAUAUGAAGUAGCUUUCUUCUUCGUGGUUCUCACUCAAAUUGAAAUAUUUCAACUCCUGCGUCGCCCGGCGCACAUUCGCCUCUUUGCAUUGACUUUGUAUGUAAUUGCGCCGCGCGAAAAGUUGUCUUUGCUCUUGGUGUGAGCGCACCAUCACUCCUCUGCUGUCUUGAGCCCAGUUGUGAUUAAAAUGGAUGAUUGCUUCUCUUCUAUUGCCUCCUCAGUCCUCUAUCGCUUUAUACUAGAUCUGCACUGGAAGGGACGGACCAAAGUCUGGAUCUAAGAGCUGUCCUAAUAGCUGAUAAUUAUAAAAGAUAAGCUCAGACACAUCGUUAAACCUGUGGAUUAGUUCAUGUUAUUAUUCUCUUCUGUUCUUGCAUUUAGAAACCAGUGAAAAUAGGAAAUAAGAAGUCUUUGUAUCAUACCAAUUUGUACACUUUGUAAAAGGAUGAAAACUGUUGGACAGACUUUUAGCACUGUAAUUGGACGUCUUUUAACUUGAAUGUCCUCCAUAUAUAAAGACAACUCUUUAUUUUGUCUGUUUUGAGAUGUUAUAAACGGAGGCGACUGAUCGGCUCCUCCUGAAGUUGAAACACUUGAAGACCUUUUUUUUUUUUCUUUCUCUCUUUUCAUCAUUGCACGAGUUGCACUACUGACAGAGUUGUACAAAAAUUCAACAUGACCUGUACAUGAAUGAGUGUGAUGCUCAAUAAAGCUUGGUAUACUUCUA